AUGGGAUUUUCCGAGCGAGGCGGUCUGAAAUUCCAGCAGCUUCUGCUCUCAUUUCUGCUCCACACGUCCUGGGAGGUAGGGAGCGGCCAGGUCCAUUACUCGGUGCCGGAAGAAGCGAAACACGGUACGUUCGUGGGGCGAAUCGCUCAGGACCUGGGUCUGGAGGUCGGGGAGCUGGUGUCGAGGCUGUUCCGGGUGGUGUCCAAGGGCCGCAGGGACUACUUGGAAGUAAAUGCGCAGAAUGGCAUUUUAUUUGUGAAUUCGCGGAUCGACCGGGAGGAGCUGUGUGGUCGCAGCCCUGUUUGUAGCAUCCACCUGGAGGUGAUUGUGGAGAAGCCGCUGCAGGUUUUCCAUGUGGAGGUGGAGAUCAAGGAUAUUAAUGAUAAUGCGCCUAUGUUUCCUGCUACAGAACAAAGGCUGUUCAUUUUUGAAUCUAAACAGCCAGACUCCCGAUUUCCGCUAGAGGGCGCGUCAGAUGCAGAUAUCGGAGUGAACUCUCUCUUGACCUACGGACUCAGCCCUAAUGAAUAUUUUAUUUUGGAAAUGCAAACGAGUAGUGAGCAAAGCAAAGCUUUGUCACUUUUAUUAAGAAAAUCUUUGGAUAGAGAAGAUACUUCUGAGAUUAAUCUGUUACUGACCGCCACUGACGGGGGCAAACCUGAGCUCACCGGCACAGUCCAACUAAAGAUCUCGGUGUUAGAUGUCAAUGAUAAUGAUCCUGAGUUUGAUCAGUCAGAGUACAAGGUGAAAUUAUUGGAAAAUGUUGCAAACGGCACAUUUAUAGUAAAGGUCAAUGCCACAGAUCGGGAUGAAGGAAUAAAUAAAGUUUUACAAUACUCAUUGCGUGCGAUAAAACCCAAGAGAAAUGACUUGUUCAGAUUAGAUGAAGAUACAGGAGAAAUUUGGAUAAAUGGAAACUUGGAUUUUGAGGAAAAUAAAUUCUAUGAACUCCACGUAGAGGCGACUGAUAAGGGAAACCCUCCUAUGGUGGGUCAUUGCAGGGUUUUGGUGGAGGUUCUGGACAUCAACGACAACACUCCAGAGGUGGCCGUGACGUCACUAUCAUUGCCAGUUCGUGAGGAUGCCCCAUCAGGCACAGUCAUCGCCCUCAUCAGCGUGUCUGACCGUGAUUCAGGAGCCAACGGGCAGGUGACUUGCUCGCUGUCUCCCCCGGGACCCUUCACACUGGUGUCCACCUUCAGAAAUUACUAUUCUUUAGUGCUGGAUGGCACAGUGGACCGCGAGAGCGUGCCAGCCUAUCAACUAGUGGUGACUGCGAGGGAUGGGGGGACUCCAGCUCUGCGGGCCACCGCCAGAAUUUCUGUGGGCAUUGGCGACGUAAAUGACAAUGCGCCUACCUUCGAGCAGCCUGUGUACACCGUGUUCGUGAAAGAGAACAACCCACCCGGGCAUCAUAUUUUCACAGUGACCGCAACAGAUCCAGAUGCGCAGGAGAACGCUCUGGUGUCUUACUCGCUGGUGGAGCGGCGGGUUGGAGAGCGUCCUCUGUCGAGUUACGUGUCUGUGCACUCAGAGAGCGGGAAAGUGUACGCUUUGCAGCCCCUAGACCACGAGGAGCUUGAGCUUCUGCAGUUCCAGGUGAGUGCCAGAGACGCGGGCUUCCCUCCUCUGGGCAGCAACGUGAGUCUGCAGGUGUUCGUGCUUGACGAGAACGACAACGCACCGGUUGUGCUGCCCCCUCACGCAGGCGUUAGCCCAGUGACCGAGCUGGUGUCACAGUCGGUGGCUGUGGGACAUGUAGUGGCGAAGAUCCGGGCUGUGGAUGCGGAUUCUGGCUAUAAUGCCUGGCUGUCUUAUGAGCUGCUGCCGGAGGUGGGCGCUGGGCGCAGCCCUUUUCGUGUGGGUCUGUACACUGGAGAGAUCAGCACAACGCGGGCCCUGGAGGAGUCAGAUGGGCGGAGACAGAUGCUGCUAGUACUAGUAAAGGACCACGGGGAGCCCAUGCUGUCUGCCACAGCUACGGUGAGUGUGUCACUUUUGGAGAAUGGUCAGGCCCUUCAGACGUCUUCCGGACUGGCCAAGCAGCCACCAGCUUCGUCCAUUGUUAAGGGAACAGCCCUGGUGAAUGUGAACGUGUAUUUGAUCAUAGCCAUCUGUUCUGUGUCCAGUUUGUUGGUGCUGAGCCUGCUGCUAUAUGUGGCUCUGCGCUGCUCUACACCCUCGCACGGCAUCUACGGGCCUGGGAAGCCCACUCUAGUGUGUUCUAAAGAGGCUGGGAGCUGGUCGUAUUCCCAGCAGCGGAGGCAGGUUUGCUCUGGAGAAGGAACGGUCAAGAAUGACCUCAUGGCCUUCAGCCCCAACCUUCCUCCAUGUCCAGUAUCCUCAGAUAGAGAACAGCAGGAGGCCAAGAAGGAUCCUUUGGGCAAGAUAAAUUUUGGAUAA